AUGGAACCUUUCACCGAGUUCAUUUCAGCUCACGGGUUGACACUUGAGAGAAAUCCACAAUCUUACCGCUCUCUCAAAUCCAUUCGUCGCAUUCCCAAGGGCACUGAUGUUGUUUACUCUGAUCCCCUAGCCAGCUUUCCAAUUCCCUCAGCAGGAAAAAUCUAUUGUGAUCAAUGCCUUGAAAUUCCAAUAAAACCGCUUCUGACAUGUUCAAAAU